AUGUACGGAUGGGGCGAGAACGUCCAUCCAUCGCUGAAACACGACUUUACAACGUACACCACAUGGGGUAUGCUAGCAAGAGAUGAACCUCCAAGUUCAGCUGGUCUGAUUACCAAGAAUCUCUAUGGUGUCCACCCAUUUUAUAUGGUUGUUGAACCAGAUGGAAAUGCCCAUGGAGUCUUCAUUCUUAACAGCAAUGCGCAGGAGGUAACAACUGCACCCGGUCCAGCUCUAAUUUACCGCACUAUCGGUGGUAAUCUAGACCUCUACUUCUUCCCAGGUCCUACACCUGAAGAAGUCACUCAACAGUACCUCGCCUUGAUUGGUACGCCAUUCUUGCCAUCGUAUUGGGCUUUAGGAUUUCAG